AUGGUGGCGACCAUCCAACUUCUCAGCGGCCUUGUAGGCUCGCUAGCCUUCCUUUCUCAAGCUUCGGCUGGGCCCUUGGUCACAGAACAAGUCCGCAUCAUGGCCCUAGGUGACUCCAUUACUGGCAAUCCAGGCUGCUGGCGUGCCCUCCUUUCCCGCAAGCUCAGCGCAACCAACAUCGACCUUCCCCUCCCCUACUCCCAAAUCCGCUUCGUCGGCACCCAACAGCGCACCUACUGCGGCUACGGCUCCGCCUACGAUUGGCCGCACGAAGGGCACGGCGGCUUUCUCGCAACCGGCAUCGCCUCAACCACCGUGCCCAUUCUCUCCAUUCUCUCCGACCUCCCUCUUCUUACCCAACCCCUCCUCACAUCCUGGCUCCUCAACCCCGACGUCUCUCUUCUCGGCCGGCCCGUCGACAUCGUCCUCAUGCACCUCGGCACCAACGACAUCUGGCAAGGCCGCCCCACCGCGGAGAUCCUCGGCGCCUACGGCGCCCUGCUCAACCAGAUGCGCGCCGUCAACCUGCGCGUGCGCCUCCUGGUGGCCAAGAUCUUGCCGAUGCAACCAGCCAACUGCCCGUCUUGCGCGGCCAAGGUCCAGGAGCUGAACACGUAUAUCCCCCUUUGGGCGGCGUACGUGAACGGCCAGAAUGUGCUGGGCCAGGUUGGGUAG